UUUGCGAGAAACGACUUGUAUUCAAAGACGAUAAUUAAAAUCGAGUUCGACAUUAUCCUUUAAUUAGCGUGGUUUGUCCGUAAUUGCAAGUGAUUCUCAAUUUUUUAAUUUUCAACAUGUUCAUGUCGCCAAAGAAAAAAAAGCAGAAGGAACAGAAGGAGACAGCAAUGCAAUCGACGGAGACAGCAAUGCAAUCGAUGGAGACAUCAAUGCAAUCGACGGAGACAGCAAGGGAAUCGACGGAAUCAGCAAGGGAAUCCACGGAAAUAGCAAUACAAUCGAUGGAAACAGCAAUACAAUCGAUGGAGGCAACAAUGCAAUCGAUAAAGACUAAUGUGUUGAAGUUUUCUUAUACUGUGGCCCGCACCUUGAAACGGCAAGGCUAUAAUUUGGCAUGGAACAUAAUUGAAAAGGGAUAUAAUAAAUCAGCGCCUGGAAAAGAAUAUGAAAUUUCAUAUGUCACAAUCGAACAGGCAAGGUCUUUUCUAAAAGGACACAUUUUGAGAACACCUUGCUUCCAGAGCGAACGCAUAUUCAACAGAAGGGGUUUCAAUAUUUAUCUGAAGAAAGAACUUUAUCAAGUUACCGAUAGCAUCAAAGCACGCGGUGUGGUUUACAGUCUGCUACACCUAUCAAAAGAGCAGAAAUGCAAAGGUGUCGUAACAAUCUCAUCGGGCAGCUUUGCAUUUAUUCUCUGUCAUUAUACACAUCGAUUUAAAAUACCGGUGACAGUGGUGCUGCCGACAACAACGCUAGAAGAAAAAAUCAAAAUGUAUCAAACAUAUCCAUUAUCGCGAGUGAUUGUCAGAGGUGAUACCUUACUAGAAGCUCAUUAUAACGCUUUAGAUAUCGCUAUGAGGGAAGACUUAUUUUAUCUUGAUGGGAACGAUCAUCCAAACAUGAUUAUUGGUCAAGCCACCUUAGGCAUAGAAAUCGUGCGGCAACAAAGUCAAAUUGAUGUGGUACUUUUGCCGACAACAAUUAAAGGUUGCGGAUUAACAACAGCUAUUGCAAUAGCUAUUAAAGGAUGCAAUUCAAAAAUAACAGUUAUUGAAGUUCAAGGUACAAAUUUUGAUUUAUUUCAAGAAGUGAAAAAACAAACGGAUUCACCUAAAGAAUUGAAUAUUCCUACGAAAGAGUACAUGGCGUGUCCUUUAAGAAACAUGCCGUAUUGCGUGAUCGACAGGUUUAUUUCGGUAACUCCAGAGUUGAUUCAUUCUGCAUCUAUGCAUCUACAUAAUUUUGAAUGUUACUACGAUUAUUAUGGAUCAAUUGCUUUAGCUGCAAUUUUAUCUGGUCAUCUUGAUGAUCUAAAGGGAAAAAGGAUAGUAAUACCUUUAUACGGUAGAAUGGAUUUGAGUACAGAAGAUUUUGUAAUAGAUAGACGUACCUUUAGACAAUGUGAUCUCGCGCUGAUUUCAUACAAUCGAGGCAUUCUACAUAUCUAA